GUAAAGUGAACAGGGUUAUCUGUGACAUUCCAUCAGACACCUAUGUAAGGAAGUCGUACUGUAAUAACUCGCCAUGGCGUAUGGAUUGCCAAGAAAGAACACAGUGAAAACCAUUUUGCGGGGCAGUUGUUAUAAUGUACAGGAACCUUGGGAUCUUGCACUGCUUGCAAAGACCUGGUACACGAACCUAGCCAAUAUCAAGUUGCCUUUCUUGGAAGAAAUUUCAUUUGGUGGUUCUGUGCAGCUCACAAAAUGUAACACCGUUAAAGAUGGACUGCUCCCUUCUGCAGAAUCCAUCAAACUCGAAAGGGAGUAUGAAGUGAAGCGUCUUUGUAAACUGAAAUGUCAAGAAAAUACAUCUGAGGAAAUUAAGCUUCUCCUGAGGGAAAGGCCAGCCGGUUUAAGAAGACCUCUUCCAUCUAAAUGACAGUCAACUCAUGACUGACUCUGUACUCUGUCUCUUGCAUCCAAAGGGGAUGAAGGUCUCUGGACGUUUCACUGUGUAAAGUUCGGGGCAGAUAUUUGAAUGCCCACUGAUGGAUGGGCCACUGCCCACAGCUACGGGUUAGUGGCCAGCUCUGACAGAUCUUCUGAGUCCCUGACAUACUCUUGUUCCUUGUAUCACAAGCUACAGCACUGUAAGUAGAUGAAAAUGCAUUUGGAGUUGAGUCGUUUGUGCUAUUCAUUUUAAUUUUUGUAAAAUUGCACUAAAAGAAGAGGAAAUUUCUUCAGCUGCAUUGUUUUCAAAAGACAUUUCGAAUAUGCAUCUUUGAGAUCCCAAGGAGGGACCAAAAAGAAGGCAAGAGAGAAAUUCUCUUAAAAAUGAUAAACUGAAACAUUUCAUUUGGUUAAGAAAAAUAAUAGACUUCAUUUUUAGUACUUCUCUAGU